AUGUUGCAUCAAGCGUGCAAAUACCACUUCAUCCUACAGAAUUUUAUUUCAUUUCACAGGAUCACCAUUAUGAUCCAUAAGAGCCGAAUAGACACAAUAUCGGAGUCCGAAAUCCCACGCAAAGACGUUCGCUCUACAGAAAUCCUUCCAUGGCGCGGUUUAGUGAUGCUCACCACGAGGGUGUGUGCUACCCGAAUGUCGGUAAAUCUUCUCAAACGCUCUAGCACAGCAUCCUGUUUGGGACACGCCGGCGGAUAUCGCGAAAAUGGUCGCAGGCCGAGCAUCCCUGGCGUGAUUUCAAGUAGUUGGUCAUCGAAUACAUGGUGCACGCAGCUCCCUCAGAGAGUGCCAGCAUUUUUGGCCGGUGGUUUCCGCUUAUUCUUCUUUGCAUUUCGCAACAUAGUUCAUCUUGGCAAGUGGGGAGGCAAAGUUGGCGGAAAUGGAGAUUUUGGCCACUCGGUAGGAGCUCAGCGACUUGGACAGUGGGAGUUUUACCUAUUAGGCCUAUUAGCCAAUCUCUUCCUCCUUCAAUCAAUAACUUUCAAUUUCCUCCAAUUACCAAAACUGCAUUUGCAUUCAAGAUUUUAA